GCAUUCUCUUCCAUCCCGAGGUUGCGCAGCCAGGAUGAGUAGCCUCAUCUCUUGCGUGUCGUGGGUGAAACGAGGCGUAGCUGUUCAGCACCCGGAAAAAUAUGUACUCGAUGAUCAAGAGCUGCAGCGUGUCAGUGCUCUGGCGCGGAUUGAGCUUGAAGAUGCCCGGAAAGAACUUGAGGCGGCGCACAAGGCAGCAGGCCUGAUGGGCGUGGGCGCCGAGGGAGAGGAAGCGGACGAUGCAGACGAGGACGAGAGCGCAUGGGUCGAUGAAGAUGAUGAUGCCGAGAAAGAUGUCAUCGACGAGGACACACCGAUGGAUGUAGACGGCCCCGUAUCAAAACCGGCUAAGGGCAGCAAGGACGACGAUGAUCUCGCCGAAUACAAUCUCGACGACUAUGACGACGACGAUAACGACGUUUUGCCAGCGACGGGGCCGUUCAGUAACAUCAAGGGUCUCACAUAUUAUCGGAACAACGACGAGGAUCCUUAUAUUACACUGAAAGAAGAUGAUGAUGAAGUCGAGCGGGAAGAGCUCGAGGUCCUCCCCACCGACAAUCUCCUCGUAACCGCCAAAACUGAAGACGACAUUUCUCAACUCGAGAUCUAUGUCUACGACGAGUCCCAAGAAAACCUAUACGCGCACCACGACCUGAUGCUUCCCUCCUUUCCUCUUUGCCUUGAGUGGCUCGACUUCCCACCCGUCACCUCGCCCUCUGCACAGGGGUCUGCCGGCUCGCCCGCGAAGCAGUUCGGGAACUACAUCGCGGUCGGUACGCUCGAGCCCGAGAUCGAGAUCUGGUCCCUUGACGUCGUCGAGGCGAUGUAUCCAGACAUGGUCCUCGGUCGCCCGGACAAGACUGCGGCACACGUUCCGACGCCGCUCGGCACGGGCAAGAAGAAACGCAAAAAGACGAAGCACCGCGCAGCGUCUGCCGCGCAUCACGUCGAUGCAGUGCUUUCGCUUUCGUGGAAUCGCACGCACCGCAAUCUGCUCGCAUCCGCGUCAGCAGAUCGCACAGUGAAGUUGUGGGACCUCAACCGCGACCCGACGAUCAGUGGGGUGGGUGAGGAGGGCCAGGGUGCGCUGCGCAGCUUCGACGUCCACAAGGACAAAGUGCAGGCAGUACAGUGGAAUUCAAAAGAGCCGACAGUGCUCCUGACUGGAAGCUAUGAUCGGACAGUACGGACGUUUGACUCGAGAGCACCAGACGCCGGGGUGGUCGCUAUGGUCGGUGCUGAUGUAGAAGCAAUACGAUGGGAUCCAUGGGAAGCCCACGGUUUCUACGUAUCCCUCGAAAACGGUCUUGUGCUCAACUUCGAUGCAAGAACACUGCCUUCUAACAUGAAUUCGCCGUCCCCCGCCCGCUUCACACUUGCCGCUCACGAUGGUGCUGCUUCUGCGUUGGACGUCAAUCCACAUAUACGUGGCUGCCUAGCCACAGGCGGCACAGACAAGAUCGUGAAGGUAUGGAACGUGGUCGAGGAUUCCGAUUUGGAGAAACGCCAAGUCAGCCUGGUCAUCUCACGGGAUCUCGGCGUUGGCAAGGUGUUUUCAACUGCGUGGUCGCCCGACGACCCGCUCACUCUGGCUGCGGCGGGUUCUGCAGCGAAGAUGCAAAUAUGGGACGUCGGCGCGAAUGCUGGAGCGCGAAAAGCCCUCGGCCCCAAGCUUGCACAGGCAGGCAGGGAGUUGAAGGAAAAAACUGGUGGCGGUGUCGUCGGUGUCUCCAGCGACAACGAGGACAGUAGUGGAGAUGAGGAUGAAGGAGAAGAGUAAGAUAUGCCUCUUAGGGCAGUGGAUGUCAUGUCUUUACGUUCCUCUGUAUUUGUUUUUAUCUGUC